AUGUCGGGCGCAGCAACAUUCGAGCUAUUAACUCGUCUUCUUAAUUAUGUAUUUGCUAUACCCUUUCUGAUCCUAGGUAUUAUGGGCUCACUGUUAACUGUGAUAGUCUUUACUCGAAAACGUUCAUUUUGGAGGAAUACAACUAUAACUUACUUAUUGGCAGGUGCAAUUGUAACAGGUAUUCAUUUGCCCACAAUUUAUAUUCAAAUGAUCCUUGUUUACGGUUUCAAUACCUCAUUAAUGAAUACAAAUGUUGCUGCUUGUCGUGAGCAUACCUACUUACGUUAUGUAACAACAGUAGCUGCGAUUUCAUUUCCAUGUUGGGCCUCUUUCGAUCAAUAUGCCUCUACUUCUCGAAGAGUAGCUUUUCGAAAUCGUUGGAGUUCCCUGCGUGUUGCUCGAAUAAUUGUUGUCUGUAAUAUUCUCUUUUGGAUCGUCAUCUAUAUACCGGUCAUAUUUUCUACUGCAAUCCGACAUGGUGUCUGUACGUUCGUCCCCGGUUCAUACACAACGUUCAAUACAUAUGUGUUCACACCGUUGGUUUAUUGUAUAGGUCCUAUUACAGUGGUUACCUAUUGUACAAGAGGUACUAUAAAGAAUCUUCGUUCGACUAUUAUUCGCAAUACUCAUGAACGUCUUACAAAACAAGUUCGUGCAAUGCUCUUUCCUCAACUUAUGAUUCUUGCCAUAUCCGGAAUACCGUUUGGUUUUCAAGGCGUCUAUCUUGACAUAACAAGUUACGUUGAAAAAGAUCAUUUCCGUAUUGCAGUCGAAAAUUUUGCUGGUCAAGUCAUUCUUAUUUUUUAUCAUUUUAAUUAUGUAUUUACAUUUUACAUUUAUGUAUUUAUGUCAAGUGAAGUAAGAAAAAUAAUACAACAUGAAAUUUUCAGAUUUAUAGGAAUAACUCGAGUCAGUCCAACUAAUUUUACAACAGACAAUUCAAUUAGUCUUCGGCCAUUAAAUAACAUGAACUCUGCACAAAAAUCUUAG